AUGGGUGGGACAUCGUCGCACGCCAUCGACGUACGCGUCACGGACCGGAAGAGUCUGACCAAGGAGCUGUGCCUGAGGAGGAAAGACUAUGAAUCCAUGCAGCACAGGUAUGUGGUUGAGGGCCUGACCAACCAGCCGGAGAACAGUAGGAACAGGGUUGCAGAGUUGCUUCAUCGAGCUGCAAUCCGAGAUCCCGAAAUAUGCCAGGGUGGUGAGAAUUCGCAGGUCUUCAUGGAAGCUAGCAUGCUGCCAUUGGUGAUUUCCUUCCUCUUCGGUGGUGCAUUGAUCCGCUGCUUUGAAGUUUGCCCUCUUUGGUUCGUGGUCUACUACAAGACGUUAGAUCAGGUGUUCUCCAAGAUUGACAAGGGCUUCAAGCAGUACUACGGUCAGUCACUCCACUUGGAGUAUGCCCGGACCGAUUGGUCUCCAGUGCACGUGGCAGAAGCUGGCAUCAGGAUUGACAGGAUCUUGAUUGCCAGGGUGACCAGUAACCACGUGAACCACUGCACAAAAGUGUCCUAUGGAUAUGCCUACAAGAGUGGCCAGCUUGCGGAGGAGGAAGAAAAUAACAACAACAAAGGCUAUGAGGACAAGACGGAUCCUUUUGAGUGCUCCUUCAAGUUUGACACCUUUAGCAGAGGCACAUCCCGAUCCUUUUGGAUCCACAAGGACAUUUGCCGUUUCCAUGGUGAUGAAACUCGUGUAGCAGCAACCCCGAACAUCACACCAGUCUGUGUGAAUGACCGCAUCGAGAUUGCAGUGAACCUUUUCAAUGCCAUGGGCUUGGUGGAUGUGGACCGUGUCCGUUGGCGACCUCUGGAGAUCUUUCCAGUUCAGGAGCGGCAAUGCCCAAUUGAGCAAGAACUCUUCGAUUGGUAUGACCUUGACUCCUUCCAGUCACAGAGCGUGGAAAGAUUGCAGAUUCCAGACUUCUUCAGCGUCCAGUUGAGGCACAUUUCCACGGAGUAUGCCGGCAUCGAUGUGGCAGUGAGCAGGACCCAACUGCGAGCAGAUGCGCAAGGAGUGGUGCCCCAGGCAGACCGGAUCUUAGGUUCCCGCUUUGAGGUGCUGCCAAGGAGCAGCCCCAUCAUCCUCCCAUUGAAGCGGGUUGGUUUGCAGCAUGACCGUUUCACGAAGAUCCAGUUGCGUCAGGGUGACUCCAUCCUUCUCUACAUCAGACUAGGCCUGGAAAGAGAAGAUGGAGCUUUGAUCUUGCAUGGAUACCGCAUGCAGUGGCAAAGAAUCAUCGAUGCCAAAGCAGUGAUGGGCAUCACCAGAUCACGUUGGUUAGCAGUGGCAGUUCGUGUCCACUCACAUGUCAAUACAGCACCGUUUCCACCAUGGGUUUUUCCACAAGACCACAAGAUUGAUCAUGCCCAGUUUUUGCUGCCGUGGAACCAGAAGAACCUCGAUGCAUUGGCCAUCACAGAUGAGAUUUGCCGAGUUGCAUCCGAUCCCAGAAAGGCAGGUAGAACCAUCUUGGCCAAAAGCCCAGCACAGGUUAUGCAACAACGACUGUAUGACACCAACAUGAUUUUGCCACCUUUCAUGGCAAGGUAUGGCAGCCAACAUGAGCUCUCAGACACUCAUUUGAAUGAUCAUUCAUACUAUGGUUUUUUCCUUGCGCAACCACAGCUCAAGCACGGAGGACGGCUUUUUCACCCUGCGGAAAUUGGUUUGUUGCAUGGAGCAUUUGAUUGGAUGUUUGUGGAUGAUGACUUGCACCACUCGUGGUUGGUUAUAGGUAACAGCAUCCUGCCAUUUCAUGCCCUCAUUCCAUUGACGCAUGUAAUCAAUGCUUUCCUACCCACGAAGAUUCUGCCAAACCAAGUGCUUGACCGAUUCAUCAAGUACAGAUUGAGCACAUCAACGGUUCAGGUCACUUUGAUGAAUGGAGGUGCAUUGUACACAAAUGAAGACCACAUGCCUGAUGGACCAUUCCUUGAGAGUGCCCAGUCACUAGCUGGAUUUGUCCAUGCAAUGGACCCACUUGCAGUGUGGUUACCGCGGGUUGGUGUGUCCAGCCUGAAGCAAUGCACAAGCAUGUCCAAGCAGCCGCAACCAGAAGUCUCACAGCCGGCCAGUGUCAUCUCAGUUCCGUCAUCCAUUGAACCCACAGUACCUUUUGCAGUGGUCUUGCAAGCAGUCAUCACAGCAGAUGCAUUCGAGCAGAGAUUCUGGUACUCAUCCGAUUUGCCUGCGCAGUCCAUUAGGGCACCAUGGAACCAUGUUUUUGAGUGUGUUUUCCCGAAGGACAUGGAAACCACCACCAUUUUGCAUUUGCCGGAGGAUAACACCACACAUGCUCAUGAAAACAAUUCCAGGGACCUAGCACAGAUUUUGGUCGAUCAGCAGCUCACAUUGUAUAAGUGUGAUCCGAAAAUUCCUCUCUUGUCGCAUGAUGAUGUAGCUGACAUGGGUAAGGACCUAUAUGAUCAAUUUGGAUUGCUCACAAAUGCGCAAAUGCCAGAGGACUCUGUCUUGGUCACAACACAGGCCAUCACCCACCAAGUGUAUCAAGGGGAUAUCCUUAGGCUUUUGGCUGCGCUUGAUUUGAUUACCACGCAAAUCUCAUGGGAUUACAACUUGGAUGCCAUGGUUUUACACCUGCAUGGAGAAAGCCAAUGUACAGAGGUCGUUGCCAAUUUUUGGAUGCAAGUCAUGACUCAUGAAACAGAACAACUUUUUGGUCGUAGCUGUGAGAAAACCGUCUAUGCCUCAGGUAUCAUGCUGCAGUUCCUGCCACAGAGAACUCAUGGAGUGAUUCCACCGAAAGCUUUUGACAUUGCGAUGUCAGUGCUGGCCUUCCGUAGUCUGCUGUCUGCUGUAUUGAAAGCAUACGAGGGACCUUUCACCCACAAAGUCCUGAUCAAGUGGCUUUGCCGUCCACUUUGGACGGAAGAAUUGCCAAAAGAAAUUACUGCGGGAAUCAUCAUCAAGCUUUUGCAUUUUGCUCUCCAGCCCACCAAUGGGGUAACGGAACAUAGAUUGGUGCACCUUUCCAAACAAGUCAUGCCGGCAGUUGAAAUUGGAACCUUGGACAAGCAAGCCUCCCGUGAUGCGAUUGUCAUUCAUGUCGUCAUGAGACUCCAAGGUGGAGGUGGUAACACAGGAUCCCAAAAGUUGACGGCGCUCCUUGCGUUGCUCAAAGAAGCGUCCAUUGCUGUUCCAGCCCUGCCAACACCGCAGACUAGGAAGCAAGCCCAAGGGAUGCCCUGGCAGAAGCCCAAAAAGCAUAAAGGGGAUUCCAUGAUUGAUCCCUCUGAGUAUUCGUUUAUCCCAGGUUUUUUCCAGAAUCAAGACACAUCACCCUGCGCACAGUUGGACACCAUCCGACCACAAGCAACAGGAGUCGCCAUUGCCAGCCCAGCUCAAUCAGCAACUUGGCUCACAGCCCAAGAAAAAAUCUCCAGUGAUGAAUUGGCCCUGCUCAUCGUAGGAAAGCCUCCUGCAACCACCAUGCAGGGCGUUGAAAUCACAGUGCCGUGCCACAACCGAGAUGGACAGAUGGUUUUACUACAUUGCCACUUGUUCCAAUUGGGUACCAAAGAUGUUACCUUCCAGCAAGGUGACCCUCACAUGGUGAUGGCAGAUAAGUGUGCCCUGGUCGCGUUGACCUUGUAUAAAACGGACUUCACUGGAGAACAUUGGACAGAUGCCUUGCAGCGAACAGUCCCUUUCAUCCGUCAGAUUCUGGACAAAGAAGGUCUGGGUGAACAUGUCCUCAGUAUCUGGGGAAGAUCCUUUCGAAAUGAACGAGCAGCCUGCUCCCCCUUACAAGCACUGACCCUUCAGGUUCACUGUUCGGUGUUGGAGGACAAGCUUCCGAAACUUCUGGCCAAAUCAGGUUUCAACAAGCUCUACUGCACACCCAAAACUGCCGAUGGUCGCUUGGACACCACCUAUCGGGUGCUCUGGCUUGCUGACUCUGGUCAAGCUGCUGUAUACAGUGCCAAAGUUGCGAACUCACUGGGAUUGGUCAAAGGGAAGAAGACCUUGGGUCUGCGCUUCCGAGCAAGUGAUUUUGAUUCUGCAUGGGCCAUUCUUUGUCCGGGGCAACCAAUGCCUGGCCAGAAAGCAGGUGAGUUGGUGUUCAGGGUUGAUGGAUUACCCUUUGGGGUCACCACAACAAUGAUUGAUACCUGGGCCCAGAAGAUCAAGUGGAAUUGCCAGGCUGUACGAGCCUUAGGGCCGCAAGCUAUGCUGGUACGCUCUGAUGAGCAGCCUCCGCCAGGGGUGGCCAUGUUCAACACCCAGGCUGUCCUGAUACGACAUUUGCCUCCACGAACACGCCAAAGUGCACCGCUCAUGGUAGGACCAAGAUCUGCAAAGCCAAAAGAUGCCACCAAGGACCACAAUCCAGAUCCAUGGGCAGCAUGGCAGGGUCCACGUCUCCAGGCACCACCCGGACCUGCUGCAGGAAACCGAUCGAUUGAUGGCCCAACAGAAACACGCCUUGCAGCCCAAGAUCAGAAACUCCAGCACAUUGAAAAGCAACUCCAGACACUUGCAGCCAGCAGUGAGCAAUUUGCAAGGCAGACGGAGGAACGUUUUGCGGCCGCAGAAGAGAGAGAACAGAGACAAUCCAAACAAGUUGCCGAGUCCAUGGAGGCCAUUCGACAAGAUCUGGAUAGAUCGUUGCACGCGGCAUUCCAUAAGAGCACACAGGCCAUGGACGAACGCAUGUCGGAAUUGAAGCAUUUGUUGAUUUCCACCAAACGUCCACCUCCGGACAAUAUGGUAGCAGCACCAUCUCCACAUCAACCGUGUUCAAGUACCGAAGCUAUAAAGCCUUGCCAACGCUACGACUUAAAGUUUACAUGCAUAUGCCCAGGUGCAGCAGUGGACAAGCUCUUGGCGAUUUUGACAAGCUUUGGAAACCUAGGCUGUGCUUUUACGAGCAUUGCUGGCACUGUUGGUGUGAUGAGGUAUCACGUAGUGGAAUGUGCAGUGGACAUUGCGUACCGUAGGACUCAGGUUCAAAAUGGCACACCAUGGACCGCCACCCAGGCAAAGAUCAAACAGGUUCGUAGAGUGAAAGCACUGUAUCAUCGCCUCUGUGUUGCCCAGAAUACCAACCACUACAGUAAAUGGAAUGAACUACACCAGGAAUGGCAAGCUAUCCUUCGAUCCAAAGCUUUUGGGAAAUCCUUUGUGCAAUGGUGCCAGAACAUGCCUGAAUUGGGACCAGCCCCUUUGGCAGUUCCCUCCACUGAGUAUUUACAUGUCAUGUUGCAACUGCUCCAACACUUGACAGACAUCGAGAUUGCCUUUGAUGCCAAGUUGCAGAAAGACCGACAGGCCCACGCAAGACAUCUCGACCGGACAUACCGGGGACAUGCCAUGGCUUAUGCCAGGAUCAAAGAACAGGCCAUGCCACCGGUGUCACAGAUGAAAAGCCAAAUCACAGAAGAGGCUGUGGUUGUCCCGCAGCCUGACGGUCAACUGCUUGCCUUCUGCCAUAAUCCCAAGCAAUUUGACAUGGCAGCCACGGAUAUCUUGCGGCUGCUGACAGACUACUGGUUACCUUUCUGGAAUGAUGACAGGGCCCAUGCGGCUGAUCCUGGUGCCUUUGAACAGCUGUUGCAGGAGCUGCCGCAGACCAUACCUGGGCCUGCUUUGGACCUAACCGUGAGACCCAUCACCAUACUGCCUCAACUCUACCGGCUCUGGGGCCGAGUCUGUACCAGACAACUGCUAGGUUUGUCCUAUAGAUGCCGAGGACCUGCAGGGGUUUUAGCGUACACACUCAGCAAGAUUGGCUGGUCCUUCACAUCGCAGGGAUGUGUCCAAGUAGGACCUGGACUGGCACUGCCUCUGAUCACUACCAGUGCCAAAGUCUUUCAGAGGUUUGCAAUGCAAGCAUGGGACCAAGAUGUCAUGCUACACCACAGCGACAGGAAAAAACUCCGAAUGCUCCGGCUCAACACGCCAGACACGAGACAAGUUUUAGCCACUUUCACUGAGGGGGAACAACUCCAGCUGGCCCAGGAGCUAUCCCUGGGCUUCCAGACAGAAUCACAAAAACAGAAGUGGGCAGAUGAUGCGGACGGCGUUGAAGCAAGUGGCCAAGGGCUACGCAAUGGUAAAGACAUGGAGAAGACAACCACAACGUGGUUUUGGCGGCUCAACUUGACCCUGUCUUCAAGGGGCAGUGCGCUUGCGAAAACUGCCAGCUGCUUGGAGGUUGUUUCUGGUCGCCCGGUUCUGGUGGAUUGCGACUUGAAAGCCGACGAUGGUACCGAUGCCAACGAGGCAUCGGAAUCGGCAUCCACGGCCGGCCUGUGGGCAGGAGCUGAUAGCAACGUGCUGAUGUUCGGGUGCUCUGUGACUGCAGCUCGAGGUGCUGGAAUCUCCUUACCGGGCAGUGCUUGCAUGGUGCGGCACUUAGACGCCCUUCUGACUCCACUUAGACGACCCAGUGGUUAG